AUGGCCAGUGAAAUUGACAUCUUCAAUGAAUAUCCACUGCACAUGGACCCAGCCUCCAAAGCCCUCUCCCUCAUCGCCACAUCCGCCCAAACACCCGCCCAAAAAGCCGCCAUCACCGCCGAACUGGAAGAACUAAACCAACUCCACCGCUCUCUCCAAACUCUCGACCCACCCAACAUCCCCCCAGCUCCCCUCCCAAUCAACCCCAAGCGCGGCGCGCAAAUCAACAAACUCCGCGAUACCGCCAACGCCGCAUACCGCAAAUCAAACUACGACGAGGCCAUUCGACUGUACACGUACGCCAUUGAGAUGGGCAUCGCCCGGCCGGGCUGGGAACCUGUCACCCUUGCGCGCGAGGAGUUGUCUGCGCUUUAUGCGAACCGUGCGCAGGCACAUAUGGCCAAGCAGGCUUGGCCUGAGGGUCUUGUUGACGGCAAGUGCAGUGUGGAUUCCAAGCCUGUUGCUAAUGUCAAGGCUUGGUGGCGGAUUGCUAAGUGCUUGGCGGAGAUGGCGCGGUAUGAGGAGUCUAAGAAGUUCUUGGCCAAGGGGCUUGAGAUUGAGGGUAGGGAUUCGGAGGGUGGAAAGGAGUUGAUUGGGUUGCUUGAGGAUGUUGAGAAGGCUUUGCUGCGGGGUGCUUCUGCUUAG